CAUAUGUGGCGCGCUUACAGGCCGUCCCGAGCGAAGACGUGAUUCAGGAAUGACAUUAUUCCAGCCAUUUCCUUUGAGAAAUAAUGUUCGCAUAUAAACCCCUGACCCACCUCCCUCCGUUGGUCCCGAUACUCUUCCCGACGUUCAAAUCGUCCUUCACAACUCUACCCUCAUCCUGAUAUGAUCACCCACCAUGAGUCCACAGCCAACCAGUGCCCGCCCGAAUUAUUGUCUCUCAUCUGUGCACACAUCUUCGCAGCGGGUCUACCACCCGCUGAAACAUCUCUUGACCCUCUGAUCACUUCCGAAGACAGAGUGCCAACCGCUUUGCCGUCCACGUACCCCGGCGCGCAGUGGUCAGAGCCGACGGUUCGGAAGACCCUCGCCAGUGCCACGCUCGUCAACCACGCCUGGUACGAGGCCGCCAAGCCACACCUCUGGAAGAGCAUCGAGGUCCGGCUGCCGAGGAGCUGGCUCACGCUCGUCGAAGAGCUCGUCGGCGGUGACGAGGAGGAAAUUUUGGACUCGGAGCACGCGGCCGAGUUCGUCGGCCAGACCAUCCAAGACGCGCAAGACGCAGCACUCGCUGCGCAGACCGUCAUCGAGGGCUCACCGUGCGUCGACAAUCUCGCGCAGGAGCUGCACCUCAAGCUGCUCGCCACGCUCGCCGGCCCUGACGGGCACAUCCCUCCGGAGCUCCUUUCGCCGCCUGCCACGCGCGACCCGUCCCCGCGCCGCCUGCGCGCCAAGAGCAAGAGUCCGGCGCGAUGGAAGCUCAUGCGUACCAUUAGUGAUGCCAUGCAGGACGUCAUGGAGCAGCAGCAACCUGGAGUAUAUGUCCCGACGCUUCAAGACCCGCAUCCAGGCCGCUUUGUCCGCCACCUUGACUUCACGCAUUUCCGAACCAUUGGUAUGCGUCGUUCCAUCGAGGAGGGUGUGACUGGACGUUUCGUCACGAGCGAGCGUCUUUUGGCGGUUCUUAAGGAAAUGCCCAAUCUCGUAGCCUUCGGUGGUACGGAGUACAUGGACAGUGCUCUAACCCUCGAGGUCCUCCAAGAGCUUCUGCUGCGCGGUGGCCCAAGUCGCGGCAGGGGCAGGCCCUCGCGUGGUCGUGGGCUUGUCGUUGUGGACCACAGCAAUCCCGAGGAGGAAGACCGCGAGCGGAGGCGUGAUUAUCAGGAGCUCGAAGCUCUUGAUCUCACCGGUUGUGUCAGCGCCGUUUUCGCGAAGGCCAUGCACGACUUCGUCACGAUGCACCUGCUACCGCCGCCCCAGUCCGGCAACACUUCGCGGUCUGACGGCGAGGACGGUGCACGUGAACGCGGCCGCGUCCGCUUCGCCGCCGUCGACGAGUCCCUCACUUUCCCGGCUAUUCAGCGACUCAGCGUACGCGGUAUGAAGUCUAUUCCUGCACAGAUUCUAGAGCCGUUCAUCCUCGCGUUCCCCUCGCUUACCCACCUCGACCUCUCUUGCACUCGCGUCACCCCGGCUCUACUGAGUUCUCUCGGCACUUCACCCACCAUCCGCCUCAAGGGUCUUGGUCUGGAGCGGUGCAACUGGCUGACAGGCGAGAGCAUCCGAAAAUUCCUCGUCGAGUCCCCCGUGACGGCGGACCUUGAAGGGCUCAGUUUAUACGGCGAUUGGACAUUCCCGUCUCCGUUGUCGGAGGAGGAUAUGUCCGCCAUACUCGCGAAGGCACCAUGCUUCAGGUCCGGCAAGCUUGUCUACCUUGACAUCUCAAGUACGCCGGUCACGCGCGAGAUACUCCUCAGCAUCUGUGCUGAACAGCCCAACCUGCGGUCCUUGGGCAUGUCGUACAUUCGCCGCCUUGAAUUGGACACGAUCGCAGCAUUCCUCAAGACCAAAGCGCGCAACGUCGAGGCACUGACGCUCGGCAUGACCUCUCCAGAUCUCGGCUACGCCGACCAGUUCGUCCCGCCGCGGCAGGCGACCAUCGCCCUGCACACGAAAAUCAUCGGCCCGCUGUGCACCGCACCGUUUUCUUUCAGCCUGUCCAGCCCGCGGGCAGCGCCCGCACAGCCGCCGACGCGCCUGCGGGUUCUCGAGCUCGCGCCGCAGAUGCUCACGAGCCUAGGCGGGGGCGCGGGUUCGUGGCGGAUCGUGCGCAGCAAAGGCAGCCGCGGCUGGUACGUCGACUCGGCAAGCGCGUGGGUCGCGGACGACGUGCAGGGCAGCGUCCUGCGGCGCGACCUCGAAAAGGGACACCCGUGGCGCGAGGAAGUCGAACGGCUCGCGAACGCGAACGGCAACGUGAGCAAUGCCGUGGGGUGGCACUCGCGUAAGAUGGAGAUCUUACGCGGCCAUGGCUUCCUUGGACGCGAAGCUGGGUUGUACGGUGCUGUGUCUUUUGCAUAUGCGGGCUAGGGAUCGAGGCGAUACAUCUUCGAUCACAAAGCAAAAAACAAACAAAAGUUGCCAGCGUGACUGGCACUUCCUUUCGGGCUAUGAGUGGCGUCCUCGGAUCCAUUGUCUUUGUUUGCAGCUCACAUUGUAUUUUUCUAAUCGCCACACGCACAGCAGACUCUGCCUUGUUAUCGUACUUGCAUCCUUAUCACACAUAAUCACGCAAAGUAGCGAGGUAUCACCGUUAGCGCUAAAUGUUAAAUAUCACAUAUUUACCCCCUAUGAAAGGUGUGACGGAAUGGCCAGGUUCAA